GCCUCAACACUAGAUGGCGGCAGUGAGUCGUUCACAAACAGACCGUCCUGCGAUGAGACGAGAAGUGCAGCACUAACAGCGGUCACUCUGAAAAAUGUCUGAACCACGAGCUUUUAAGAAUCCCUACCCAGAUUACACUGGGCCUGGAUGUGCACAAGACUUUUUUGACAUGCAGGGAAAUUUGACCCAGCAUUUUGCCAGCUGUAUAAGCAGCAAGAUCAGUGAGCUUCUGGCGGUCAUGGAGAAUGGACUGAAGAACGCUGACCCCAGAGACUGUACUGGCUACACUGGCUGGGCAGGCAUUGCCCUGCUCUACCUGCAUCUCCACAGCAUCUUUGGAGACUUCUCUUUCCUCCAGAAGGCUCUGGACUAUGUCAGCCACAGUCUGAGGAGUUUAACCCAGCGCUGGGUGACCUUCCUGUGUGGGGAUGCAGGGCCGCUGGCUGUUGCUGCGGUGGUCUAUCAUCGACUCCAGAAACCUCAUGAGGCUGAGGAGUGUGUGAACAGGCUGUUGCAUUUUCACCAGUCAGUAGUGCAGGGGAAUGGCAGGCUUCCUGAUGAGCUGCUCUAUGGCAGAGUGGGCUACCUUUACUCCCUCAUCUUCAUUAACCAGCAAUUUCAGCAGGAGAAGAUCCCCAUUCAAUACAUUCAACAGAUCUGUGAUGCAGUGCUGGAUUCCGGACAGAAUCUGUCUCAGAAGAACAAGAUCCAGGAGCAAACCCCUCUCAUGUAUGAGUGGUAUCAGGAGGAGUAUGUGGGUGCCGCUCAUGGCCUGGCAGGGAUCUACUACUACCUGAUGCAGCCUGGCUUUGUGGUUGGCGAGGACCGAGUUUACCAUCUAGUCAAACCCAGUGUGAACUACAUGUGUCAGCUAAGGUUUCCAUCAGGCAAUUACCCACCGUGGGUUGGAGAUUCUCGGGAUCUUCUGGUGCACUGGUGUCACGGCUCUCCUGGAGUGAUCUACAUGUUGAUACAGGCUUUUAAGGUGUUUGGUGUGAGGCAGUAUCUGGAGGACGCGCUGCACUGUGGGGAGGUGAUCUGGCAGAGGGGUUUGCUGAAGAAAGGCUACGGCCUCUGUCAUGGAGCUGCUGGAAACGCAUAUGGCUUCCUGGCCCUGUACAAGAUCACCCAGGAUCCCAAACACCUCUACAGAGCCUGCAUGUUUGCAGACUGGUGCAUGAAUUAUGGAAAACAUGGCUGCCGGACUCCAGAUACACCGUUGUCACUGUUUGAAGGGAUGGCAGGCACAAUUUAUUUCCUGGCUGACUUGCUGCAACCAACUAGAGCCAAGUUCCCUGCUUUUGAGGUGUAAAGACUGUUCCAGACGACUGAGCCUUUACGCUUAAGCUUCCUCGAGCCAGAAGAACUCGUCCUCUAAUGGUGGAAUAGUACUGUCUCACUCUGCAUGUGCGUCUGUAUGCCGCUGAUCUGUCACAAUUCACACUAAGUCUUUUGAGAGGUGCUGUACAUGUGGAGAACAGUAUGUAGGAGAUAUUAUUUUCCCAUUAAUGGAAAGUGGAUGGGAAUCUAGGCUAACUGUAUAGAUUAAGGGAAGCUGCUGUUACGUUACGUGUUUGUUUGUAUCAUUUUAAUUAAUAUGACUCAUUAAAGAUAAACUAUUUCAAUGUAUUUGUGAGGAUAUAUUCUGACAUGACAGCAAGGUAAAUUUAACAUCUUUUUGAAUUAAGUAGAGUUAAUUAAUUACACAAGAACUACAGCUUUAAGGUAGCACUAAAAAUACAGUGUUGAUAUGCUUUCUGUAAGAGUAAUGCUUUGCCUUCUGUAUUAGUAAUGUAUUUUUCCCUUUUUUCUCUCUUGAUAAUAAUAGUAGUCAUAUCAGAGGAUGUGCUGCCAAAAUGAUUUUUUUAUUUUUUUUGGUAGUGGAACAAUCUUUUAGCAUUUUCAUUUGUCUUUCAUCAUCAUUUGUACAUUUUCAUUUGCACAACAAUAAAAAUAAGAAAAACAG